AUGCAUAAUUUUCUUCACUUCCAUUCUACCCAAAGUUUUGAUGAUGAUGAUAAUGAUGAUGAUGAUGAGGAGGAGGAGGAGGAAGAGAAGGUUAUACCGUUACCACCGAUGUCUAUGAUUUUAGGCACUAAUCAAUUGGAUAAUUAUUGGCAUAGAGUUUUACUUGGUAUAAUUGAAAUUCAAGUUGAUGCAGUAGUUGUAAAUGAAAAUGAUUUUGGUUCACGUUUAUUGGUCCCUAUAAUAUGUGCUACAAUCUUAUUGAUUGCAUUAAUCUGUACCUUCAUUAUAUGUUGUUAUUCACAAAGAAAACGUCGUCAACUCCUUAUGAAAUAUGCAACAACAACAAUAGCGCCUAAUAAUGAACCAUCAUCAGAUUUAAUUCAAAAUUUAUGA